AUGGUCGCGACAGCUAUCCUGCCGUGGGGCAGUCAUUGCCUCACCGUGCUGCUGCUGUUGUGCAGCCUGCUAGGCUCAGUCAUAAUGCGAAGUUCUCUUGCCCAGCAGCAGCCGUAUGGCGCUUGGAACGCUGUGGAAGAUUUGAACGAGCAGCACAAGGCCGUCCUGCGCUUCAUCCUGAGCGGCAAUACCGCCUUCUGGAGCAAGCCCGCUGUUGCCUACCGCAUAGGCUUCGGAACUGCACCCUGGCACUGCAUCGACCGUUGCCAGGCGCAGUAUUAUUUCAUCCCUAAUAAUUCCGCUGUCUGUUCACCUGAUUGUACGACACCAGUAUACUGUCUGCCUGGAGACGCGGCCCGCAGCGACCCCAACAUCACCUGCUGUGCACUCAGCCUUUUAGACCAGUCGUACAGGUUCAACCACCCACCCAGUACAGUGCAGCGUGCUUGGUGCGAGAACUACCCCCCCUGGGGGAGAGAUCCGCGACCAAGCGUGUGUGACUUCAAUGUGUAUGCUGCGCGGGGCCUUAUACCCCCGGGGGGUUACAAUGACCCGUUCCUGGCCGUGUCGUGUGAACGGGGAGUGACAACAACAUUUUAUAUAACUGGUACAGUGUACCGCAACGACACGGCGAGGCGCAUCAUUCAGAGGAGGAACAUCCGCCUGGCCAACGUCACCCGCAACAACGUCAAGCGAAUGUGCGUGGGGGUAGGGGCGAAGGCCUACUAG